UCUUUGCUUUUGCUAUUAGUGAAGUUAAUACACACACAUGUAUGCUGGGUCUCGCCCGGGUCGACCGGGUCACGAAUGGAUCGCGAUGGUUCCUCCCAAGAAUAUAAGAUGCACCUUCCUCCUACUGGCCUCGAACAUCUUCGUAAUGAGCUGAGAUAUCUGCGAUGGCAUAAAUUUCCUUCGAAUUCCUUGCCGCCAUAUGUUCGUGCUGAACACCUUGUCGAGCUUCACCUACGCAAAAGCAAGCUUGAAAAACUUAGGACAGGAGUAAAGGAUGUUGGAAAUUUAAGAAGAAUUGACCUAUCUGACUCUCCAUAUUUGACGGAAUUACUAGAUCUAUCAAUGGCAAAAAAUUUACAGUGCUUAAGACUUGCGAAGUGUCCAAGUUUAACCGAGGUUCCGUCAUCUCUUCAAUAUCUUGACAAGCUGGCAGAAAUUUAUCUCGAAUUUAGCUAUAAUCUUAGAAGUUUUCCAAUGCUUUAUUCACAGGUUCUCAGAAAACUGACUAUAUGGCGGUGCCUAGAUGUGACCACGUGUCCAACGAUUUCACAAAAUAUGGUACGGUUAGAGUUGAAACGAACUUUAAUAAAAGAAGUUCUACAAUCAGUUGCUGGCACGUUGGAAUAUCUUUAUGUAAAUGGUUGCUCAAAGAUGACCAAGUUUCCGCAGAAUUUAGAGGAUAUAGUAGAAUUAAAUCUAAGGGUAACUGCUAUUAAAGAGGUGCCCUCAUCAAUCCAGUUUCUCACAAGACUCCGUGAUUUGGAUAUGAGUGGUUGCGCAAAACUUGAGAGCUUCCUAGAAAUCACAGUGCCAAUAAAAUCUUUGGGUAUUCUUGACUUGAGUAAAACAGGCAUUAAAGAGCUACCCUUGUCAAUCAAAGAUAUGGUACGUUUGCAAUAUCAGUAUUUGCAUGGAACGCCUAUCAAAGAGCUACCCUUGUCAAUAAAAGAUAUGGUAUGUUUGCAACAUCUGACUUUCCAUGGAACGGCUAUUAAAGCGUUACCUGAGCUUCCCUCUUCGCUGACAUUAGGGUUUCAAAGGGAUUUCACAAAUUGCUUCAAAUUGGAUCAGAAACCGCUGGUAGCAGCAAUGCAUUUGAAAAUUCAGUCCGGAGAGGAGAUCCCACAUGGCAUAAUUCAAAUGGUUCUACCGGGGAGUGAAAUUCAAGAAUGGUUCGGUGACAAAGGAAUUGGAUCUUCACUCACCAUACAGUUGCCCUCAAAUUGUCUUCAGCUCAAGGGAAUUGCUUUCUGCCUUAUCUUUCUACUCCCUCCCAGGACAUGCCUUAUGAAGUCGAUGAUGUUAAUGAUAAUUUAUAUCUUGAUUACCAUGUUAAGAGUAAAAACAGUGAGCAUGAUGGUGAUGAUGAAGUCGUCUUAGAUUCCCAGAGAAGCCUUCUAUCACGUUACUUGAGGGCAUGUGACUCAGAUCACAUGGUUCUACGCUACGAGGUCGAAUUGGUAAAGCAUUUACGUAAAUAUUCCGGCAAUGAAGUUACUUUUAAAUUCUACUGGGGAAGGAUGGAGGAUCAUGAGAGCAGAAGGCCUUUCGAGUUGAAAAGCUGUGGGGUGUAUCUGCACUUUGAUGAAAAUCUACGGGCGGACACGGACAGCUACAUUUAUUUAUGACUGUUCAGAAGAAAAUAAAUUGAGGGAGAAAUAAAAGAGAUUGAAAGGGAGAGAGAGUUAUGUAGUUGCUGCAAAUUGAUCUUCAAUUAUUACUUGGUUUUCAAGAUA